UCUAAUGUUAGCUUUGUGCACUACUCUGCCUGAUUUAGUUAAAAUUGUGGUAUCUCUAUUUGUCGCUACGAUUUCCUUCUUAUAGCGAAAGGUCAGUUUUGUUCCCAGUCCUUUAUUAUGCUUUACAUAGACUGCCUGUCCGAUUUCGUAUUGUUUAAUAGGUUUUUUACUUUUAUUAUGAAAUUUAAUGUCCUGUGCUUGUUUGUACUUCAGUUUUUCUAUAUUAUUCAAACGCGUUUUUUCGAACUCUGUAGUAAAACCACUACCGAAGAAUCAAUUCGGAACAAUUUUUCUGAAUAUGGUACAAUUGAAGACAUCUGGAUUGUGAAAAAUAAACAAUCAGGAGAAAAUAAGGGAGUUGCUUAUGUCAAAUUUUCAAAGACAAGCGAAGCCGCUGCUGCCCAAGACGAGUUAAAUGGAAAAACAAUUGAUAAUGAAGAACGUCCAAUAAAAGUAUUAGUAGCGUCAAAUCGAGAGUCAGGUUCAGGAAGAUCAGAAAAUGAAGAAGAGAGAUACUUGCGUUUGUUUAUUGUAGUAAACAAACCAAUGACAAAAGAAGAGAUACAAAGUGAGUUUGAAGAAUAUGGUGAUAUAGAGUUCGUUACCUUCGUUAAGGAUAAAGUAACAAGAGAAUCGAAGGGUUUUGCAUACGUAAAAUAUAAAAAUUUUACUGGAGCUGCAAAAGCCUAUGAAAAUUGUCCCCAAAAGUAUAAAGCAGUUUUUGCUACACCCAGAUCAAAUGAUUCAUAUGAAGAUCGCAGAGCGCGACCGCUUAAAAGACCUGGAAGAGGAAUGGAUGUAAUUUUUGUUGGACCCAGUAUCGAUUAG